UUUGCUUAACGCUUUAUUUAUUUUCAGAAUAAAAAUACGCGCAAUCAGCUGUUUAGCAAUAUUCGGUAAACAACAUGAAUGCGUCGUAUGCUAUCGGAGAAGUUGAAAAGGAAACAGGAUUACUUUUAAAUUUAAGUCAGAAAUCCAAUAUAUUUGUAGGAGGUGAUCAAACACCCACUCCCACAAGCUUAAUAAAAAAUUGCGAAGAAGUAGGAUUAUUUGAAGAUUUACAACAUGUUAAUCCGUUCGAAGAAACUUUCCGUAGAGCUUGCGAACAGAGCGUCUAUCAAAGUCCUACCAUCCACUCGAACAGUGCAUCAUUAAACACCGACGAAGAUUCGUUACAUACGCCACAGGUGUUUCCACAAUUUGAUAUUGCAGCUGAGGUUGGCAUAUGCCACGAUGUAGAAAAUAUAGCUAAACAAACACUGGACACACCUGUGUUAUGCAAGGAUGUCGAAGCAACGAAGCAAAUCUCAGCCGAAACAAAUGGACCAACGACAGAAAAGGAGCGGAAUGAUAUGGAAAUAAUCAACUGCGUAGCUGAAAAAGCCAUUACAUCUCAAGUAAUACCGAGUAUUAGUAGUUUUAUGCCACCAGUUAUACAAUUGCAGCCGCAAGUAAUAACGUUAACAAUUCCUGCCAGUAACACACAAAUUUCUCAAGAAAACACAUUAGUGGCAGAAAAUAUCAAAUCCAGGCCAUUACUAUUACCGAAGCUAACAGAAAAUACUCGAGUGCACACUGCCGAAUCUGUAAAUGUCUCCGCGACAACAAUACAAUGCAGAACUGCAAUAGAAAGCAUCAGGAGUUCGUCGUCAUCAGUUAAUGAGCCUAGCAGUGCCAGCUUGACGCCUACAUCUCAGUUACCUAUCAAAGAGCGUCUUAAAGCUAUUUUAAACCAAAAUAGCAAAGCUCAUCAAGUGUCCGAGUGGUCGUCGAUUAAUCAUAAAUUUCAUUUAAACAAAAGUAAAUACAAGCUAUCAAAAGCCUGCUCUUCAAACGAUGCUAUGGAACGUAGACGGGCAGCCUCUUCACGUUAUCGUCAUAAAAUGCGUGAUGAACACAAAGAAUUAAUUAAACGCAAUUGCGAACUGAAAACGGAAAAUGAGAAAUUAAAACAACGCAUUAAACAUCUGGAAAUGGAAAUGAGAAAACUGCAACAAUCCAACACUGAACAACCACUUAAAACGUCCAAUUCCUCUUUACCCGCGCAACUGCAUAUACCGGCCUCUACCAUACACUUGCUAAUGAAUAUACCGAAGGUUCAAGUUUCUCUAUGUCAGAAUGCAAUUCUUCAUCCGCAAAACUAUAUGUUAAGAUUAAUGGCAGUUAUAUAUAAAACACUUGUGGCCACUGUGCUAAUACUUAGUAUAUGCGAAAUAUGCGAAAUGUCAAUUUAUCCAGGCCUUCGUCGCAAACCGAUGCAACAACUUCAGCCGGCCUAUGAGGUAAAUACGGACUUUUUGGCUCAAUUAAAAGAGGAAAAUGCACGACGACGUUUACAACAACAAUAUGAUCAAUUAUUGGAAUUAAUAAACAUGCAAAUAAAUCGUCAACGUCAACGACAAGAACGAUUACGGGAACGUUUUCGUCAACAACAAUUGGCCGCCAUGGCCAAUGCUGACAGUAACGAGGAAUAUUCAAUAAACUUCAAUGACGAUUAUAACAGUGAUAAAGCAAAUGAAGCAAACGAAUACGAUGCAACAAAUCCCGAAUUUAGUUAUAAAAUAUCUAAUUGGGAUUUAGAUAAUCUAAAAAAUCGUAUGGAAUUUGCAGUAGGGCCGGCCGAUCCUCGCUUCUAUGAAAACGAAGGAGAAGUAAAUCAAGUGAAUGAAGAGAUCAAAAGCAUUGAUAAAAUUAAUGAAAAAGACGAAGAUGACGGGGAAGAUUUAGAUCCUAAGGUAUUGGAAGAAUAUGAAGAAUUGCCAAAAGUUGAUCAAACUGACAGCGAACAGCACAACGACAUGGAAAAUGCCAAUGCCGAUAAUGUUGUGCUUAUUGCGCAUCCUGCGACGCCUGGCGAACAAACGAGCAUUAAUUUUCAUAGGAUUAAACCGCAGAGCAAUACAUUUAAGCAAGGUCAAAUGGGUUUGGUGCCAGCUCAUCAGGACUUGAGUGCACUGAUUGACAAAUUGCAUCAAAAUUUAGAACAAAGUGAAAAAAUCAAUGACGAAAAUCACUUAGUCGUGCGAGAACAUUUAAAUAUGAAAGCUGAAAUGGGCAUGUAUGUCGUGGCAUUGAUAGCAGGGGUCAGUGCAGCCGCUACAGUGGGUCUAUUCAUUCUAGGAAUAGUUUGGUAUACAUUCCAUAGCCGAAGUAAGGCGGCUGCCGAUGUUGAAUAUCCAGCUUAUGGUGUAACGGGACCUAAUAAAGAUAUUUCGCCAUCCGGUGAUCGGAAACUGGCCCAAAGUGCUCAAAUGUAUCAUUAUCAACAUCAAAAGCAACAAAUCAUCGCCAUGGAGAGUCGUUCAACAGCUGAGGAAAGUUGCGAAAUAUCCUACGUAGAAAGUGAUGAUGAUAAUGAAGAGGGCGAUUACACUGUUUACGAGUGUCCCGGUUUAGCACCGACUGGCGAAAUGGAAGUGAAAAAUCCUCUAUUUUUGGAUGAUACACCAGUAACACCGGCUUUAGGUUCACAGCCUAUUGCUCAAGUGACUGCACAACAACCGGCCGUUAAAAAAAUAUUUGAAAAGACGCAAAGAGACGGUGGCGCUGGCAGCAUUAUCGGAAAUAAUACAUCAAUGUCUUCCGAUGGUAAAAAAGUAAAAAAAGCGAAAAAAUAAACACCUUUCAAAAGCAAAGCUUUCACCAACUUUUCCCAUAUACUUCUCUCAAGCAAGGCAAUCUUAGGGUUUCCACAUCACCCAGAUAUAAAAUAAAAUCUUCUUUAUACGCCGCUAAUCUAUGAGUUAAAAUUGAUUUGAAAUUUUAUUAUUUUUUUUUUUCCUUAUGUUACACCUAUCCACAAAAAAAAAAAAAAAAAAAAAAAAAAAAAAAAAAAACGAAGAAGAAAAAAAAUAAAGUAAUUAAAUGUUAAAAAUAAACGGUAUUUUUUCCCAUAACUCGACAUUUGAUACAAGAAACGUAACACAAAUCUUUUCACUUGAACUCUUUCGAGUGCCAUUGAAUUCAUUUAAUACCACGAAAUUGUCCCUAUACCACGACUGAUUUAGCUAAAAACGUUCCUCAUACGAAUAAAAUUUUCCCUCUGCUAUGCCGUUAAUAAAAUCUUACAAAAAUUAUUCUUAGCUACUUCCAGCAAUGAUCAAUUUUUUUAAAUAUCUCCAAGACUAUAUAAA